UAUAAAUCCCACCCCUCCACUCUCACACUUGGAGAUCCUCUUUUUCCAACUCUUGAUCUCUCUCUCUCUCUCUCAAUUUCAUAUUACUUACUUUCAUAUUCUCUUCAAAUCAAACACAAGUGGAGGAGCAGGAGGAGGAGUAGUGGACCUUUGCUUUCUUGAUUUUGAUUUUAAUUUUAAUUGGCUGAUUUCAUGGAAGAGCAACUGCAACCUUCGGUGAAAUUCGCAGAGCACGUCGUCACCACCAACAAGCUCAUCACCAAUCCACCGAGAGCCGCCGCCAAACUCCGCCGCAAAGUCGUCCGAUUCUUCCUCGUCGACGCCGACGCCACCGAUUCCUCCGGCGACGAGUCCGACGCCCCCGUCCACAGAGUCCGCCGCCACGUCGAGGAGAUCACCUUCAACGCGCCGGCGCCGGCGAGCAAGAAGCGGAGGCGGAGCCCCGACGCGCCUCGCCGCGGGAAGUUCCGCGGCGUGAGGCAGCGGCCGUGGGGGAGGUGGGCCGCCGAGAUCCGCGACCCGGCCCAGGGAAAACGGGUCUGGCUGGGGACCUACGACACGCCGGAGGAAGCCGCCACCGUCUACGACAGGGCCGCCGUCAGGCUGAAGGGCGCGGCCGCCGUCAUCAAUUUCCCUGAGCCGCCGCACGCUCUAACGGAGUCCUUGACGGAGAGUGACGGCGUUUCUUCGGGGAAGGACGCCGCUCUGUCGCCGACGUCGGUGCUCCGCUGCGAGGAUUUCACGGCGUUUGACGAUGGCCUCGGCGCUGACUUCGGGUUUGACCUGGACUGGACGUUGAGUUUGCCGGUGAAAUUCGGGGCGGAGGAAUUCGGCGAGUUUGACUUUGAUGACUUCAUUAAUGAGCUAAGAUGACGUCAGCGUGUCGGGAGCUUGAUUGGCGCGCGCGAGCAAGUUGGCGGGAAUGCUCGUGGACUUUUCAACGAUGAGUGUGUAUUUUAUUUAUUAUUAAUAGCCGUACACGUAUUAUUAUACACGGCGAUUUUGUGCGAGGACGAUUUUUGGGAUUUUAGGUGUAGAAUUUAUGGUGGAGAAUUUGUGAUACUAUUGUUUAUUGUAAGUAAAAUUAUGGGUAGCAUAUCAAAAUUUGAACUAGUAAAAAAAGUUUGUACCUAAAGUAGUUGAGUUUUUGUCGAGUGAAAAAAGUUUGUAUAA